AAGGAUCCGGCUGUUCACUAUUUAGCUAGGUAGUAGGAUGGAGGGGGUUUGGCGGCAUGCUCAAAACACACGGAGGAUGGAAUCGGCCACUAAUGGAGGUAUCUGUAGGCGUUUUAUUAAUGGCUGUUGCAGAUUUGGUUCAAGGUGUAAUUAUCGACAUGAAUGGCCAGUCAUACCAACAGCUCAAAUAUGUAGGUACUUUCAGAAAGGUGGUUGCUGGUAUGGUGAAAACUGCAGGUACAUCCAUGUCCAUCAACCUGAAGGCGCAGGUAGAAGAAGUUCAGUGCCUGCCUUCUCCUCCUCCAGUGUUGUUUAUGCUCCCCCUGCCAGAAGAGGGUCAGAGCCUGCUCUUCUGCAGGCUGAGGUGAUGUCCAGGCUGGAAUGCAACAGAUCACAGUCAGUGGUUAAUGUCUCAAAUCCUCUACACAGUACUGGGCGUCUGGCAACAGGUAUCGCUGAGGAACAGACACAAGAUACUGACUCUCAUCUUGCUGCUUCUGGGCAAUCGUCUCAGAGUUUAAACAUUGCUCAAGCGAGUGCCCACAGCAGCUGUAAUGAGCAGGAGGCUUCUUCAAAUGAGACAACAGCGGGUGAAAGUGAUAGUAGUAGUGGUGGUGCUGCUGCUGCUGUGUUGGCCCCUAGUACCGAAAGGUCAGUGGGGGAAUUGGAGGCCUACCAUCAAAGUAAAAAUGUGACCUGCGGCAUCUGCAUGGAAACGGUGUAUGAAAAGCAAGAUCCAAGGAGCCAUAUGUUUGGAAUCUUGCCCAACUGCGGUCACUCCUACUGUUUACAAUGCAUCAUGACCUGGAGGAAAACAAAAGACCUUGGGCCAGACACGGUGAAGACCUGCCCACAGUGCCGAGUGAGGUCCGCCUUUUACGUGCCGAACAAAUACUGGGUCGAGGGACAAGCAAAGGAAAGCUUGAUUGCGGCCUUCAAAGACAAAUUCAGUAAGAGAAGCUGCACUUACUAUUCACGAUACGGAUGCUGCCCCUUCAAAACGGAAUGCCUUUAUCGGCAUGACAAACAUUCACGUCGCAGGUCAUUUCAGUGUCCUAUAGAAGAUGAUGAAUACGAUGGUGUAGAUCUGCUUAAUCUUUUCAUAGCCAUGACCCUCCUCAGUGGUGAAGACGACGACGAUGAUGAUGACGACGACGAUGAUUACGAGUUCCCUUUUUACCUAGCUGCGGAGUAUGGUUUCUGAGCUUCUUCAUUUUUGCCAGUGCUUGAAACCAUUGAACGGGGUUUUAAAUGUAAAACUUGCCCCAGAAGAACACAUGGCUGUUUUGACCCCUCGGUCCUCAUCAGAUACAUGUAAGAACAUAUAGAAGCCUUGACCAAGAUCUGGGAUAUCAACCAUGCACCAUGGAGGGCCAAGGGUGUCCAGGUUUUGAAUUACAGUUGGACUACAGCAGGUCAUUUUAAUGACCUGUCCUCCUUCAGCCAGAGAGGAACUAAGCUUUGAAAUCACCUGCUACAGUCGAUUUGGCUACUUGGCUUUCCACAGCACAUGGUAUGUUGCCCCUGCUCUAGGAAAAAAAAACAAUUUUUGUGUCGGACAGAUGUUUACUCCCCAAUGAACUUGUUGUUUGAUCUUAUGCCUUCUAGUUUAAAUCCUUCUCCCAAGGCCAGAGUGCUUAAAGUUGUUGCUGAUGUUAGUUUCCAGAAGUGGCUCCACUGAGUGCUCACUUGAUGUUUCUGUCCAAGCAUUUUGCACCAUUUUGAUAUUUUAAAGUGUUGAGUGGAUGGUAGUUUUAAUUGUCUAUAGAUAAAAAGUGUACUGUAACCCUUCUUGCUGAAGUCCACUACUGAUGUUACCUGCCUUGAUUGAUAAUCCUCCUUUCAAGAUUUGGCAAGAACAGAAAAUUGAGAUUUUAUUUCUUUUUAAACAAGUUGUACUUGUACACAGAAAAUAAAACAUUGCUUCACA